AUGGCCGAGCGUCUCGCCGCAGCCGCCACCCUCCGCGCCGCCGCUCCGUCCGGCCGCUUCCCGGUCGGCCGCCGCGCCGGGCCAUCCAGCUCUGCCUUCUUCCCCUCCUCAUCCUCGUCCUCCCCGGCUCUCCGCCUCGUCAGCCUCCGCGCCGCGUCGUCUCGGCCCUCCCAGAAGGCCAAGUCGGCGGGGAGGGGGCGAUCGGUGAGGUGCAUAGCAGCGGCGUCGGACGCGGCACAGCUGAAGGCCGCGCGCGAGGACAUCAGGGAGCUGCUCAACACAACCCACUGCCACCCCAUCCUGGUUCGUUUGGGUUGGCAUGAUUCUGGCACAUAUGACAAAAAUAUUAAGGACUGGCCAGAACGAGGUGGGGCUAAUGGAAGUUUAAGAUUUGACGUUGAACUGAAGCAUGGAGCCAAUGCCGGUUUGGUAAAUGCUCUAAAGCUUGUGCAACCUAUCAAGGACAAAUACCCGAGUAUAACUUAUGCGGAUUUAUUCCAGUUGGCAAGUGCUACAGCAAUUGAGGAAGCUGGUGGCCCAAAGAUUCCAAUGAAAUAUGGACGGGUUGAUGUCACAGGACCUGAGCAGUGUCCACCUGAAGGGAAGCUUCCUGAUGCUGGCCCGAGUGCUCCUGCUGACCACUUGAGGCUGGUAUUCUACAGAAUGGGCCUUGAUGACAAGGAAAUCGUUGCUUUGUCUGGGGCACAUACACUUGGAAGGUCUAGGCCCGAACGGAGUGGCUGGGGGAAACCUGAAACAAAAUAUACUAAAAAUGGUCCUGGUGCACCUGGUGGACAAUCAUGGACAGCUGAAUGGCUGAAGUUUGAUAACAGUUACUUCAAGGAGAUAAAAGAGAAAAGAGAUCAGGAUCUUCUUGUGUUGCCUACAGAUGCUGCAUUAUUUGAGGACCCAGCAUUCAAGGUCUAUGCAGAGAAAUAUGCAGCAGACGAAGAAGCAUUCUUUAAUGACUAUGCGGAGGCUCAUGCUAAACUGAGCAGCCUGGGUGCAAAGUUUGAUCCUGCCGAGGGAUUCUCAUUGGAUGAUUAG